CACGCUUUAAAGUCGGUGUGUGGUUAGAACUUAACGAGAAAAUGUGUUCCGUUAAUGAAACAAAUGUUACUUUAACGGUUGAUGUUUGAAAAAAUGAUUUUUAGUUAUUUUAAGAUAUAAGAUUUUUUUUCAAAAACUUAGCGCUGGAGAGUACCUCACGGUUUCUUUUAGGAUUUGCCUGAUAUUUUGGGUCAAAACUAUGGCCCUCGGAGCAAAUUGUACGAUAAUUGAAAAAAUAAAUCAAGAAUGUCAAUCAUUUUCCCAUAAUAGCUUAAAAGAAGGUUUGAAGCACACAAAUACUUUUUCGUGUUGAGUUUGAAACUCAACAAUUCAGAAAAUACUACAAUAUUUUGUUUCACAACACAUAACUUUUCUCAUCAGACUUGAUUUUAUUUUUACAAGCAUGACUAGUGCUCACGAUAAAUGAUAAUUAAAUUUAUCCAAAGCUAAGCUUGUCUUCACUGAGUCAACCAUGACUAUUAGGUCGGUAGAUAGCAGCGUCAUCUUAUCGCAAGAUAGCGAAACCUUUCCGUUGAUAACAUAUUGAAUAUUUUCUCCAGCAUAGAUUGGUACCGCGCAACCAGAAUCAGUUGUGUUACAAGCCCUGACCUGUGAAAAUGGUGUUUUGGGCCUUGGUGAUUGUCGUUGCGCUCGUCGUUACAGUUUACCGUUGGUAUACGGCAAGUUUCGAUUAUUUCGAGAAAAAUGGAAUCCCGUUCGUUAAACCGUUCCCUCAAUUGUGGGCACUGUUGGCCAAAACAAUGCACGUAAACGAAGCUUCCGCUUUGGGAUAUGAUCAGUUCAGAGAGCAUCGGGUUUCGGGGAUGUUUUCCUUCCGGCAGCCCGGGUACUUGGUUCACGAUCCGGAACUGGUUAAGGAGAUAACGAUCAAGCACUUUGAUCAUUUUACGGAGCAUGCCCACACCUGUCCGGUAGAUGUGGACCCGUUGCUAGGCAGGGCCCUGUUCUUUAUGGAUGGUCAACGUUGGAAGGCCGGAAGGACCGGUUUGAGUCCGGCCUUUACCGGCAGUAAAAUGCGCAACAUGUACGGGCUGCUGUACGGCUGCAUUGAAGGGGCGAUGAAGCGAUUGCUGGAAGACGCCAAAGGUCAAAGCAUGGAGAAGGAGUUCCGAGAUUUGACAUCUAGGAUCGGAAACGACGUCAUCACGUCAAUUUCCUUCGGUGUGGAAAUCGACUCGGUGCAUAACCUCAACAACGAGUUCUACGUUCGAGGCAAGGAGUUGGCAGUUACUGAUGGGUUCCAAGGUUUGAAGAUUUUGCUACUGGCACUCGUUCCGCCAACAUUUUUCCGUAUAUUCGGACUCCGAGUUCUUCCAAAAGAAACUACGAACUUCUACUUCGACCUAGUGUCGAAAAGCAUUCAACACCGCGAGAAAUACGGCAUCAACAGACCUGACUUCAUCACUCUUAUGCUCCAAGCAAGGAAAAACGAGCUGAACGAAGACAAGCAAGAAGACGAAAGCGCCCAAGACGCAGGAUUCAGUACAGCACAAGAACAUCUGCAAUCGUCCACAGAAACCGGAUACUACACGGACGAGGACAUUGCCGGGGUCACCGGAUCGUUCUUUUUCGGUGGAAUCGAAACCACAACCACUGUAAUCUGCUUCGCACUCUACGAAAUGUCCCUCAACCCGGACAUUCAACGAAAACUUCACGAAGAAAUCGAAAGUACACAAAACCAAAUGGACAAAUCCGACAAACUCUCCUACGAAACAUUGCUCAAGCUCAAAUACCUGGACAUGGUUGUUUCGGAGACCCUGCGCAAGUGGCCACCCCUAGGGGUCACCAACCGAGUUUGCGUUAAGCCUUACACGCUGACUGACUACAACGGAGCCAAGAUCACCGUCGAACGGGGCCAGACGCUUCAAAUUCCGAUCGCUUCGAUUCACCGGGAUGUGAAGUAUUAUCCGGACCCGUAUCGGUUCGAUCCGGAACGGUUUUCCGAGGAGAAUCGUCACAAGAUCAACCAGGCUGCCUUCCUUCCCUUUGGCAGUGGACCGAGGAAUUGUAUCGGAUCGAGAUUGGCGCUGAUGCAGGUCAAGUGCUAUCUGUAUCUGUUGUUGAGUAAUUUCCGUGUUGAAAUGUCCCAGAAGACGGAUGUUCCGAUCAAGCUGGAUAAGGGAGCGCUGACCUAUCAUGCGACGAACGGAUUUUGGUUCCACUUGAUCCCGAAGGUUUAGUAAGGAAUUUAUGAAACAUCCUCAAGGAAGAAGGUUUGCGGGUCAUUAAAACGUAUUUCAAGAUUGAAAUUAUUGAAAUUAAAAGCAAAACUGUUG